AUGGACGAGGCCACCGGAACCAAUGUUCUGACCUUGUCACCAUUUGAUAUCCACUUCUCUCAGACGCGGAUAAGGCCAGAGUUUCAAGACGGUCGUUCCUUGCAGCUUGCACUGGAUGAGAUCCAGGUCAGGCCUGUGACUGGACAGGCGGAGCAAUUCUUACUGGCGCCACCAUUCCCUCGGAUCGAGGUUACAAGGUGGCGAUGCAAGCUACGGGACAGCAAUGGCGCACCAAAGCUCAGCGAAGAGGGCUUGGAGCUCUACAGCCAUGAGGAACGCUGGUUCAGCUUCGACAACCGACGACUCUGCUGCCUCCAGCGGGCGGCUGCCGAGCAAUGGCCAAAGAAGGUGUGCUGCGAAGUGACUGAGAUCCCACAGACACUCGCAAGAACUCGCGAGUUGCGAAAGUUCGACACGCGAAAUUCAGGGUUGAGUGUUCUGGUGGGUCGCCGUGACGAUCCCAACCCACAGAGGUGGUGCUGGCGUACAGAGGUUGGGCUGCCAACUGACUCUGAGCCUGAGACGGGCGUGGUAAUGCCUGGCCUGCGCCACCGUGGAGCACGUCAGCAAGACUCUGAGCAAGGACAUCUGCCUUUCAAGCGCGCGGGGCGGCGGAGGUCCAAGCCUGAAGAGGAGGCGCCAGAGUCUUCCUUGGGCGCCUUGCGCGGGCUGCUGCUGUUCAUGAUCAUCUAUCUGCUCAUGCGCAUUGCGGUGAUUCUUUGGCAGAAGUACCAGCAGAAGCCUGCCCCCACAGCCGGCGAGGUGAGCAGCGCGGAUCCGCAAGCUAGAGCUGCUCACGGAGUGCGCAAGUGGCUGACGUGGCUGACGUGGCUGACGUGGCUGGUCUCAGUCCUCUUGAUGCUGCAGCUGACGUGGACGCUUUGUUUCGGCUGCUAUUCGUUCGGCCUUUUGUGCUGGUCGUGGUGUGCGUUGGUCAAGGCAGCUGGAGCCCUCUUCCUGCAACGUUAUGUGCAGCAGAUGCUACUGAUGCUGCCGAUCAAUUUCCGCGAGCUUCGUCAAAUUGUCCGCUUUUCUGUGGCAGCCGAUGUUAGCUUGGCGGCCUCCAGGUUGCAUAUGCUCGGAGUUGGAAGAUGUUGGAAGUGCGAAUGUGCGGAGGUAUGCUGCGACGUGACUGAGAUCAACCAGCUGUGGCAGGGCCGAAAUCGGCUUGGCUGCGAUGGGCAAUGCUUGCUUCCGGGGGCCUGGUGGCCCAGCAUGGCGACGCUGCCAACAAUCCUGGUGGUGUCGAUGGCCUUCGGGCUUUUGGAGGUACCACGGCUGGGCAUGUUCUCAGCUUAUGUGCAGGUUGGGAGUAUCACGCUUCUUGUGAUCUCCUUGGGUUCCUUUCUACGAGCCGGCCUCGUGGACCCAGGCUUCUUACCAAGACUGCCCGCCUUGGCUGCCCUAUCUCUAUCGUCCAGUUCGCGAACGUACGCAAAAGACGUGUUGCUGAUGUACUUCAGAACCGCCGUGGAGAAAGCCAAUGAAGGUGUCGAGCCGGAGGAUGUCGAGCAACAAGCCUCUGCCCUUUGCGAGGACUUGCUGCAAGGCUUGGAUGAGCUUCCUUCCUUUGGGGCCGGCGAGUGGCCUCCCCAGGAAGCAGUGCAACGAGCAGAAGAGUUCUGGCAUGCUGUGCGGAUGGAUUCGCGCCUGAAGCAUCUCAAGGUAUGCAGCACCUGCGACGUCAGGCGUCCGAGAGGCUGCUCUCAUUGCCGGGAGUGCGACAACUGCGUGCAAGAUUACGACCACCACUGCCAUUGGCUUGGCAACUGCGUUGGCGCCCGAAAUCAUGGGGCCUUCCUGGUGUUCUUGCUGUCCACAAGCAUGCUGUCUUGGCUCAUCGCCGUGUUUUGCACAGGCGACAUGGUGACGGACAUCAUCUUUUACGUUUCCAGUGGCAGUGCCUUCCGGCUGAACCGAGCCAACAUGGCUCUGGGUGGACUUCUGGCCACCAGCAUCACAGUUGGAGCUGUGGCGUCUUGGAUCUUCUAUCGCCCUUUCUGGAAGAAGCCCAAGAAGACCCCCCAAAAUCAGCACGCAACAGACAAAAAACAUCCUGUAUUAGCCGUUUGCUGGAAGCUGCUUGCGAUUUUGGCGCUCUCGUGGAUGCUGACGGCGAUCGUCGCCGGCGUGAUCUCCUGGAUCCCCCUGCUGCUGUCGGUGGCGGGCUCCGCAGCUGCCUAUCACAUGUCGCCGAUGGUGUGUCAGCAGCUGGGCAACAUCGGCCGCGGGCUGACACUCAAGCAACAGCAUGAGCGAGAUUUGGCCGAUGCCCCACCGCUCCCGUUCGACGUGGCCAACGUGAAGCGCUUCGCGUCCCAGGCCAUGUUCAAGUCCUUGAGUGCCAGCCUUGUCCCAAUGCGAGCAGUGGUCCCAGAGAUGCAGCAUCCGGACCAGAUCGGAGCUGAUGCUGGCGAUGGCAUAGACUUGGAAGACUUAGAGACGGGCUGCGCAAGCCUUACGCGCAGCCUCACGCUGCCCGUGCUCCUUGCAAGGACCACUGCCGCUUCGGAGGAUUACUUGCCAGUGAAAGUGCGCACAGCAUCGUGCCCUGAGGUGUGUGAAGAGGAAGAUGCACGAGCUCCACACUGGUUUGCGGAAGAGCCGUGA